GUGACUAGGCGCUGUCGAAUUCAGUGGCAGGUGGUUUGGUUAAUGACUAGUGUUGACUGCUGGCCUUGUUAAUUAGUACUUGAGAGUAUUCCCACACUGCGACGUACAACGGUGUAUCAGUAAUGAUAAAGCGUGUUCAGAUUCUAGAUAAGGCAGUUCGAUAAGGCAGUGUCUGCACAACAGACACACACAGCGAGGCUGGCCCCAGAAUAACGAGCUGCGCUUGUUUUAAUUCAGCAGGUGAGUGUUUUUUUUUCUCACGUGUCUGUAUGUUUUUAUGUUUUUACUAUCAGAAGAUUCGCACCCAGGUUCAUCUAGAUUUAGCAAGAAACCUGCAUCUCGUCGAGACCGGCGGGGAGAUGUGGCGGGCCGCAGUGCUGGUAGCCGCCGCCGCCGCCGCCGCCGCCGCCGCCUCGUGCCGCGGCACGGGCUGCAGCUGCAGCUACAGCGGCGGCCGCGCGCGGGUCAGCUGCCCCUCGCUGCCGCGCGACGCGCGCGCCCUGCCGCCCUCCACGCGCGCCCUCGACCUCUCGCGCAGCGGGGUCGCCUCGCUGGCCGCCGACGUGUUCGCGGGCCUCCCUGCGCUCGAGGAGCUGGCUCUGCCCUGGAACCGCAUGGCGUCCGUGUCGCCGCGGGCCUUCGCCAACCUCUCGGCCCUGCGGCGGCUCGACCUCAGCCACAACCUGCUGGCCGCGCUGCCCCGAGGCUUGCUGGACGGCGCGCCGCUGCUGCAGAGCCUCGACCUGUCCUUCAACAGGCUCGCCGCGCUCCACCCGGGGCUGUUCCGCGGCGCGCCGAGCCUGGACGAGCUGUCCCUGGCCUUCAACCCGCUGCUGGGGCCAGCCCUGGAGGCCUCGCCCGGCGCGCUGGCCGCCGCCUUCGCCAACGACCUGCGCGCCCUGAGGCUGGACGGAGUGCGCCUGGCGCGCCUGCCCGACGGCUUCUUCGCCUCGGCCGAGGCCCUGAGGGAGCUGUCCCUCGCCGACAACCCCCUGCGGGAGGUGCCCUUCCUGCCCGGCGGGCUGGAGGACCUGGACCUGUCGGGCUGCGAGGUGCGCAGCCUCGCGCCGGGCAGCUUCGUGACCUCGCCCUUCCUGCGCCGGCUGCGGCUGGAGCGCAUGCGCGAGCUGGUGGCGGUGCAGCGCAGCGCCUUCGAGGGCCUGGCGCUGGAGGAGCUGUCCCUGCGCGGCUGCCCCCGGCUCACAGAGGUGAGCGGCGGCGCGUUCGGCGACUCUGCGGUGGAGCGCGGCGGCGCGCGGGUGCUGUCCCUGGCUCACGGGGGGCUGAGGGCGCUGCCCCGGGAGCUGCAGGGCCCCUUGUCCGCGCCGGAGCGCCUGGACCUGCAGGGCAACCCCUGGCGCUGCGACUGCAACCUCGCCUGGCUGCGGCGCCUCAACCUGUCCGCCGCCGAGACCGCCGACCUCAGGUGCGCCGAGCCGCCGGAGCUGCGCCGCGUGCUGCUGUGGUCCCUGCCGGAGAGCGCCUUCCUCUGCGGGGGCGGCCACGAGCGGCGGCGCGGCGCGGCGGGGGCGGCGGCGGCGGCGCCGGGGGCCUACGAGAUGCUGCGGGUGGACGACGACGAGGAAGCAGCGGUCGGCGUGUGGAGCACCGAGACCUCCGCGCGCUAG